UUCCCUCUGCUUUUCCACUCUUCAUCUAUCCAUCUACAAUCCAAAAAAAAAAAGAAGAAGAAUGCAGACUCAACCUCGUCAUGAGCAGCACCUUUCUCGUCAGGUGGCCAAGACCACCACUGCUGUCACUGUGGGUGGUUCACUCAUGGUGCUUUCUGGGUUAAUGCUGGCGGCUACCGUUAUCGGUCUAGCUAUAGCUACCCCUUUGCUGGUGAUUUUUAGCCCUGUUUUGGUACCUGCUGUGAUAACCAUUGGGUUGAUCCUUGGUGGGUUUUUGGCUUCUGGUGGUUUUGGAGCUACUGCUUCUUUUGUUUUCUACUGGAUGUACAGAUAUGUCACCGGGAAACACCCCAUUGGAGCAACCAAGAUCGAUUACGCGAGGGAUAAGAUUGCACAUGCGGCAAAUGAUGUAAAAGAGAAGGCGGAGCAGUUGGGGCACCAAGCACAGCAGCAGAUUAAGAGUUGAAGAGACGGACAUUCAGGAGCUCUUUUUUUCUUUUCUUAUGCAAGUAUUUUACCGUUUAAUAGUUUCUGAGAAUGUGGGAAUGUUGUUGGUUAUCAAUGGUUCUGUAACUUGAUUUACUAUUUAACGAGUCUGUUAUUAAAAUACCCAAAUCUAUGUUA